AUGUCCAAGAAGGAUGUGACGUGUUUCUGGAUCGUACUGCUCCUGUGCCAAGAGCUACGGACCGACCCGAUCGCAGAGAUGGGACCAUCCUCCGGCAUCCUGAUUCAAGAGACACCAGGGUUCAUCUUAACAGAGAAGAGGAUCCUGACCCGACGUGUGUUCGUCAGCUUGGACCCCAAGAUUUCCAUCGAGAAGGCAUACAACAUUUCAUCGAUGCAGCUUCCUGAGUUACAGACUUGGUACCAGAUGCACCUCCAAAGAGCACAGGACCGUGUGCGAAACAUCUUGGAGCAAGCCCGAAAACCAUUUGUAUCCAGUUCUAUUCCGAUGAGCAACCGACCCAAAAGGUUCCUCACCGCUAUAAUUGUUGCAUUAGUUUGUGCCACUGUCGGUGCAGUUGUCGCAACUGGAAUGUCUGCAGCCAACUCUAUUACUGUCCAAAAGCUGGAUAUGGAAAUCUAUGCGCUAAAGCAACACAUUAACGAUAUUCAUCAGGUGAUAAACCAGCAAAGAACACUUCUCCAAGACGUGUUAACUAUUGUGGAAGACACAGUUGUUACAACAAAUUUGCAUUCGGAGUUAAUUACCAAAUCCACUGAGUUGCACCAAAGUCAUGACUUAUUUAAGCGUGAACUUCUAUUUCUGCAUGACUCAAUAUUGUUCCACACACUUGCUUUUCUCGACGAAGUGCAAACUGGAAUGAUCGAAUUGGCAGGGGGACGCAUACCUCUGUAUUUUGUAUCCAAGGAUAUUGUUCAUGCGAUGCUUGCCAAUGUGGAUGGAGAGACAAUUGAGCCUAUGCAAUUAAAUCUGGCCUUUGAGAUGGGGAGCGCUAUACCUCUCUUAAUUGA